AUGGCUGGCGCACCUUCAACGUCGGCUGCAGGCUCGCCGACUACAGUUCCCAAGUCUCUGUUGUCGACAGGAUCGCCAGCAACUCCGUCGGUCGCGACAGGUGUGGUUCCUAGUUUAACGGCAGGACAGGAUCCCAUCAAGACUACUACGCCUGUAGCUCCGACCGCAGUCGAUGAUGGCGCAAGCUUCAAUCUGUAG